ACAUAUUUUCAUAAACCACGUGAACUUAGUUCGCCCAAACCUCUGCCCUCUCAAUAUUUCCAGUUCUCGAUUUCCCUCCAGUUCGUGUCUGUAAAAAGUGAAGUAUAAUUAGGGUUGGAGUUAGGGUUUGGCUUCGGUGCUAAGAAUCGAGUGCGGAGGGCCAUUCCGGAGCAUACGAUGUACGCUGAUCGGGUGGAGGCAGUUACAAAGAGGUCGAUAAAGGAUAGGCUUAACCCCAACACUGCUGAUGAUUUAGCUCGCCGCAGACAAAUUGCCGGCAAAAGGCAGAAUCAGUGGAUAAUUUUCUACAGUCAUUGGGUCUUGAGAAGUAUGCAAUUACAUUUCAAGCUGAAGAGGUUGAUAUGGCUGCUCUUGUGCACAUGACAGAUGAAGAUCUUAAAGCUAUGGGAAUACCAAUGGGUCCAAGGAAGAAGAUAAUAUUAGCGCUGGAGACUAGAAUCUGAUAAUUGUGGUUACAUCUUCCUUUGGCUUGCUGGGUAAUCGUUGAUCUGCCAUCCAACAAGUCAGCAGGCUUAUGUUUUAACUGUACAAGUCUCUUUCUGGGAUUUAUUUCUUUUUAAGUUUUUUUCUUUUUCUUUUUCAAUUUUUGGGCAUUAUCAAGUCAAGUAUGGUUAACGAGGGCUCUCAGAAUGUACAACAUGGGAACCUUUAAUGAUGGGCUAGGCCUUAAGGGCAUAUAAUUUAAUGGCUUUUUUGGUUGCUUGUCAUGUAGACUUGGAAGCCAAAUUUUGCUGCU